UUAACAGCAGUGUCAUUCGGAGACAAAGACAGAGAGAUUUACCUUUGUUGCAAACUUCAGUUCAUGAGGGGAAAACUGGACUACUAAGACUUCACACUGAAUCAUUUUGCAAAAACAAUGGCGUCCAUAUCAGAGGAGGAUCUCUCCUGUCCGGUCUGUCAUGACGUCUUUAAAGAUCCAGUUGUCCUGACAUGUAGCCACAGCUUCUGUAAAGCCUGUUUGAAGAACUGGUGGGAUGUGAAUCAAGCACAAAAGUGUCCAGUUUGCAUGAGGAGGUCAUCAAGGAGUGAUCCUCCUCGUAACCUGGUGUUAAAGAACCUGUGUGAGACGUUCUUAGUGAAGAGAGAUCAGAAAGUUUUAGCCGGGUCUCACUGCAGUCUGCACUUUGAGAAACUCAGACUCUUCUGUCUGGACCAUCAGCAGCCAGUGUGUCUCGUCUGCAGAGAUUCAAGAACACACACCAACCACAGAUUCAGACCCAUUGAGGAAAUUGCAAAGGAUCUCAAAGAGGAGGUUAAAAAAUCUCUGCAUCCCUUUCAGGAGAAACUGAAGCUCUUUGAAGAAGUUAAAGUGGAGUUUGAUCAAACAGCAGGACACCUGAAGGUCCAGGCCCGAUGCACAGAGACGCAGAUUAAGGAGCAGUUUAAGAAGCUUCACCAGUUUCUAGAAGAGGAAGAGGAGGCCAGGAUGGCUGCACUGAGGGAGGAAGAGGAGGAGAAGAGGAGGAUGGUGGAGGAGAAGAUGGAGGCUGUGAGCAGAGAGAUAGCAGCUCUUUCACUCACAGUCAGAGCCACAGAGGAGGAGCUGAGAGCUGAAGACGUCUCCUUCCUGCUCAACUACAAGGCUGCAGUGGAGAGGCUGCAGCGCCCCCUGCUGGAGGAUCCACAGCUGCCCUCAGGAGCUCUGAUAGACCAGGCCAAACACCUGGGCAACCUCAGCUUCAACAUCUGGAGCAAGAUGAAGGACAUGGUGUCCUACUCUCCUCUCAUCCUGGACCCAAACACUGCUCAUCCGGACCUCAUCCUGUCUGAAGAUCUUACCAGUUUGAGACGAGGAGUGGAACAGGAACUUCCUGAUAACCCAGAGAGGUUUGAUAAUUACGGCUUUGUCCUGAGCUCUGAGGGCUUUAACUCAGGGACUCACAGCUGGGAUGUCCAGGUUGGAGACAGCAACGACUGGAUACUGGGUGUGUUAGCAGAGUCUGUCCAGAGGAAGGGAGAAAUCGAGUCUGGAUUAUGGAGAAUAGGUUUAAAUGGAGGUAAUUAUUUAACAGGGUCACCAUCAGAUCCAUACAUUGUUCUCCGCCAGCAGAAGAAGCUCGAGAGUGUGAGAUUGAAUCUGGACUGGAGCAGAGGAAAGUUGUCGUUCUCUGAUCCUGACACUAACACACACAUACACACCUUCACACACACUUUCACUGAGAGGAUGUUUCCAUUCAUUAGCAAUGGAGAUAAAUUCCCAAUUAAGAUUUUACCAGAGGUGGAUAAGGUUGACGACAAUGAGGUGGAUGGCGAAGAGGAAGGCAAUUAUAGCGAGGAUGUGGACAACGAGGGUGAUGAGGACAUUUGCUACCAUUUUGACAAGAGAUUUAAUUACAAGUAAAUGUCCUGCUUUCAAAUUCUAAGCUAAGUGAAAAAGUACCAGCAUCAAAAUUACUUAAAAGUCACCUAUUGUGCAAAAAUCCACUUUUACAGGUCUUUUAAACAUUACUAUGUGUCCCCUCUGUGUUAAGAGACAGUGAAAGUCUCAGGAACAAAGAACCCCGCUCUUUUUGUCCUGAUCCAUCUUUAUAAAAACCUGUCCCCUUGCAGUUUGCCUACAGAGCAAACAGGUCCA